AUGGCAACACGAGCCACAAUGUUAUAUGCUCUCUUCCUAACCUUACUCCAACUCCUCCUAAAUCGCCACUUGUCACUCGCCGCCGGAGGGAAAUGGAAUCUCCUCCUCCCCAACGUCGGAAUCUCCGCGAUGCACAUGCAGCUCCUCCGCAACGACCGUGUCAUAAUGUUCGACCGAACCAACUUCGGACCAUCGAACAUCUCUCUCCCUGACGGUAAGUGCCGCAAGAACCCAAUGGAUCCCAUUUCCAAACUCGACUGCACAGCUCACUCCAUCGAGUACGACGUCGCAUCCAACACCGUACGUCCCUUAACCGUACAAUCCAACACAUGGUGCUCCUCCGGUUCGGUUAGACCCGACGGUUUUCUCGUCCAAACCGGUGGAGACCGGGACGGUGCAUUAAAAGCUAGAACCUUCUCUCCAUGCAACAACGAUCGUUGCGACUGGGUCGAGAUUAACAACGGAUUAGCCAAGAGAAGAUGGUACGCUUCUAACCAUAUUCUUCCCGACGGUAGACAGAUCGUUAUCGGAGGUCAGGCACAAUUCAACUACGAGUUUUACCCCAAAACGACAUCUCCUAACGUUAUCGCGUUGCCGUUUUUGGCCGAGACUAGUGAUCGAGGACAGGAGAAUAAUCUUUACCCUUACACUUUUCUCAAUACUGACGGGAAUUUAUUUAUAUUCGCUAAUAACCGAGCGAUAUUACUCGAUUACGUUAAAAACACGGUGGUGAAAACUUUUCCGGCGAUUCCCGGCGGUGAUCCGAGGAGCUAUCCGAGCACUGGCUCAGCCGUGCUAUUACCGUUGAAGAAUCUUGAAGCAGUUAAAAUCGAUGCGGAGGUUCUGGUGUGUGGAGGUGCACCGAAAGGUUCGUACAUCCUCGCGCUUAGAAAGAAUACUUUCGUGAGAGCGCUUGACACGUGUGCUAGGAUUAAGAUUAACGAUGCGAAUCCUCAGUGGACGGUGGAGAAUAUGCCACGUGCUAGAGUCAUGGGAGAUAUGACGCUUUUGCCUAACGGAGAUGUGUUGCUUAUCAACGGUGGAUCUUCUGGUUCUGCUGCUUGGGAGCUUGGUCGCGAACCGGUUUUCGUACCGGAUUUAUACCAUCCCGAGAAUCCGGUUAACUCGAAAUUUGAGUCACUAAACCCGAGUAAAACCCCGAGAAUGUAUCACUCCGCGGCGGUUCUCCUCCGUGACGGGAGGGUUCUCGUCGGAGGAAGCAAUCCUCAUGCGUUUUAUAACUUCACCGGUGUGCUUUUUCCGACGGAAUUAAGCUUGGAAGCUUUCUCUCCGGUUUAUCUAGAACCGGAGUUUGCGAAUCUUCGUCCAAAUGUUAUGUCUCCUAAAUCGCAGUCGAGUAUUAAGUAUGGGAUGAGUUUGAAGCUAAAGUUUAAGGUUGCCGGAGAGGUUAAGAGUCCGGUGAAAGUGACGAUGGUGUUUCCAUCAUUCACGACGCAUUCCUUCUCGAUGAACCAGAGGCUUUUGGUUUUGGAUAAUGUUAAGUUUACGAGGAAAGGUAAGUCGAUGAACUAUGAGGUUCAAGUGAGAACGCCGAGAUCGGCUAUUAUCGCACCGCCUGGUUAUUAUAUGAUGUUUGUGGUGAAUCAAAACAUACCAAGCGAAGGUGUUUGGGUAAGGUUACAGUAA